UUAAAAAUCUGCGUAUAAUAUUGCCCAGUGAUGAAGAAUUUUCACAGUCACUUAUAUUACAUGCUCCAAAACUUGAACGGUUUUCUUGGGCUGGCUCUGCUUCUAAUUACUCUUGUGAAGGAAAUUUAGAGUUUUUGUGCCAUUCUGAUAUAUCUAUAGAACAUACUUCAAUUGCCAACAAUGAGUACAAGUCCUUGGAUAAUGGAAUCAUUGGUAAAGUUCUUCAAUCAAUGCACUGGGUUUCAUCGAUGAGUAUACGUGAUGUUUCCAUUGAGGUUUGUUUCCAAUGAUCGCUAGUUUUUGUUUUUGUUUCUGUUUCUUCUAUCAGCCAUGUGAACUUAUUCUUUUCCAUAUAAAUUGGGCACUCAACAUUCUUAACCUUGUAGGAAAUUUCUUCGCCAGAGUUGUUGCCUGAAUUUUGUAACUUGCUUUCAUUGACUCUAAAACGCACCAAUCCCCUCGACGAAAUUACAUCUGUAGUUUUGUUACUCAAAUCGAUGCCACAAUUGAAUACUCUGAAAAUACUGGGGAUUCCCUGUUCCAAAGAGGAGAAGAUAAGUCAUGGGGCAGAGUAUUGGGAGUCUCAAAGCCUUCCGUUUGUCCACUCAUUGAAGGAAGUUGAAAUGGAGAUUGAGGGAAAGAACAAUGAGAUAGAGCUGAUAAAGUAUUUGCUAAAAAAUGCAAGAGCUUUGAAGAAGAUGACCAUUCUUUAUAAAGCUGUAUUAUGUAGAGAAUCUGCGAUUAGAAAGAUUGAAGAAUUCCAAAUAGCUUCUUCCCGUAUUGCUUUAUAUUUCCAUCCAGUGUAAUUUGUGAAAACUCUGGUGCGCUUCUGAUUUCAGUCUUUUAAUUAUAGCCAUUUUCUGACAGUCAACAAAUAGAGAUUCUGAUGUUUAAACAUGGUUAACUUUUUGUAAUAUCACUAUAGUUGAACUUCUUGUGGAUUUUUAACUGUAGGCAUGUAGUUGUAUGU